AUGAACCCUCACUACGACUCUCGCUCCCCUUCUCCUGGCCGGCCGCUACAGCCCUAUACUCAUCCAGACGAAGCGCACUCGAGGCAACAGCUUCACUUGCAGAUGCCCACGGCUUCCAACGACCGCCUGGCCAUGCAGCCCACAUACUCAAUAGAAAACAUCCCGCAUUCUCACGGACAUAACCAGCAGUAUGAACAACAGCUGCCAGUCGGACCUGGAGGAGACAUAGGCUAUGGAAGAAAUGACUACAUUGUGUCACCGGAGGAACAUCAUGACGCUUACUACAAUCGGGCAUAUUCACCUCAUCCUCAGGGCGAUUAUGCCCUGGAUCCUUAUCCCACGCCGGACCAGGCAUACCGUCUGGAUAACGACAACGUUCCCAUUCUUCAGUCCGAAGCCGCCUACGGCCCCGAUCCGCACCAAGAGGAAAUGAACUAUGACGGUUACCAUGACGAAGCGCGUCCUACGCCGUCUCCGGCGCCGAUAAGGAGGUGGAAGACAGUCAAAGAGGUACAGUUGUUCAAUGGCAAUUUAGUGCUUGAUUGCCCGGUUCCUCCCAAACUGCUCGCUAAUGUCCCUCAUGCGAAACCGCCGGAGAGAGACGAGUUUACCCACAUGAGAUACUCAGCGGCGACAUGCGAUCCCUCAGAUUUCUACAACGAGCGAUUUACUCUGCGACAGCGACUGUUCGCAAAGCCGAGAGAGACGGAAUUGUUCAUCGUCGUCACCAUGUAUAACGAGGACGAGUUUCUGUUUGCCCGAACCAUGAUUGGUGUCUUCAAGAACAUCGAAUUCAUGUGCAAUCGCAACAGCAGCAAAACUUGGGGCAAAGAGGCGUGGAAGAAGAUCGUCGUUUGCAUCGUCAGCGAUGGCCGUGCCAAAAUCAACCCCAGGACAAGGGCGGUCCUAGCCGGUCUAGGCGUUUAUCAGGAUGGCAUUGCCAAACAACAAGUCAAUGGCAAAGACGUCACCGCUCAUAUCUACGAAUACACCACUCAAGUGGGUCUAGAAUUGAAGGGGACUCAGGUGUCGCUAAAGCCGCGAUCAGCCACUCCCGUUCAGCUGCUAUUUUGUUUGAAGGAGAAGAACCAGAAAAAGAUCAACUCACAUCGGUGGUUCUUCCAAGCCUUCGGUCGAGUGCUGGAGCCCAAUAUCUGUGUCCUCAUUGAUGCGGGAACCAAGCCCGGUAGAGACUCCAUCUACCAGCUGUGGAAAGCUUUUGACCUGGAACCCUCUUGUGGUGGUGCUUGCGGUGAAAUCAAGGUCAUGUUGGACCACGGCAAAAAGCUCUACAACCCUUUGGUCGCCACGCAAAAUUUCGAAUACAAGAUGUCGAAUAUCUUGGACAAGCCUUUGGAAUCAGCAUUCGGCUUCAUUUCGGUGCUCCCUGGCGCGUUUUCGGCUUAUCGUUAUAUUGCUUUGCAGAACGACAAGAACGGCGAAGGGCCACUCGAGAAGUACUUCAAAGGCGAAACCAUGCACGCAGACGCUGGAGUGUUCACCGCGAACAUGUAUCUCGCCGAAGAUCGAAUCCUCUGUUUCGAGCUCGUCAGCAAGCGCAAUUGUCAAUGGAUCCUUCAAUACGUUAAAUCGGCCACAGGCGAGACCGAUGUCCCCGAUGGCAUCGCCGAGUUUAUUCUUCAACGGAGACGUUGGCUGAACGGUUCAUUCUUUGCCGCAGUCUAUGCUGUGGCGCAUGUCUACCAGCUCUGGCGCAGCAACCACAGCGCGAUACGCAAGUUUAUGUUUCUGAUCGAGUUCACGUACCAGACGAUCAACAUGCUUUUCGCCUGGUUCGCAAUUGGAAACUUCUUCCUGGUUUUCCGACUUCUGACUGCUUCUCUUGGCUCACCUGGGCCGCUGGGGAACGCUGGUACAGUUUUGGGGGUCAUCUUCGAGUUCAUCUACCUGGGCACGCUGCUAUAUUGCUUCAUCCUAUCCAUGGGCAACAGACCUCAAGGUUCCAAGAAGUCUUACCUGGCAAUGGUUAUUUUUUGGUCGAUACUCAUGAUUUGGCUAACCUUUGCUUCGAUCUACUUAACAGUGAGGUCAAUCCAGACCGAGGUUGCCCAAAAGGAUUUCAGUUUUUCGACCAUCUUUAAUAACAGCACCUUCUUCGGCCUGAUUGUAUCCCUUGCAAGCACAUACCUUCUCUGGUUCGUGGCGAGCUUUUUGUUCUUCGACCCUUGGCACAUGUUCACGUGCUUCAUUCAAUACAUUGUCCUUACUCCGACUUACAUCAAUGUCCUCAACAUCUAUGCAUUUUGCAACACUCAUGACAUUACUUGGGGCACCAAAGGAGAUGACAAGGCCGAGAAACUUCCAAGUGCGAAUGUAAAGCCCGGUGGGAUGGUUGAUGUGAUGAUUCCUCAAGAUGACGGCGACUUGAACGCCCAAUAUGACGCAGAACUGAAGCGAUUUGCGACAAAAGCAGAGAAAGAGGUGAGGACACAGAGUCCGGCGGACAAACAGGAGGACUAUUACAAGUCUUUCCGGAGCAAUGUCGUCACGGCUUGGAUGAUUACGAAUUUUAUCUUAGUAGCCGCCGUGCUGAAUGUUUCGGGGUUUGAGAGAAUCGAUACCGGCGACACGGCACAACAGAACUCGACCAUUUAUUUGGCGGUCAUCCUGUGGUCGGUGGCGGGUUUGUCCCUUUUCAGGUUCAUUGGCGCGUGUUGGUUUUUGAUCGUGCGGCUGUUCCGUGGUGUAUGA